AUGGCCACAUGGGAGUUCGUCCUUGUGUCGCUAGCCGAAGGUCUUGUCAAUGGAGGCUUCGCUGGCCUAUUCUGGACCUUCAUCGGAACCGUGACUUGCUACAGCACUAUUGUCUUGAGCUUGGCCGAGAUGGAGUCCAUGGCGCCUACAAGCGGCGGCCAAUACCACUGGGUCAGUGAAUUUGCGCCGCCUUCUUGUCAAAAAUUCCUGAGCUAUUCCGCUGGAUGGAUGAGCACGCUCGGAUGGCUUGCUGGUGCCGCCAGCGGACUGUUUAUAUGUAGCACGCUCAUCCAAAGCCUGAUCGAAAUAACCAACGCCGACUUUGUCUUUCCGAACUGGCAAUAUACCUUGAUGAGUAUCGCUUUUCUGGUGACAACGAUAUUCUUCAACACUUGGGGAGCAAAGUCUCUACCGUCCGUCGAGACUGCCAGUUUGAUCGGUCACAUGCUGUUUUUUGUCGUCACCAUCAUCCCUCUCUGGGUGAUGUGUCCGAAGAACAGCGCAAAAGAAGUGUUCACAAGUUUCGUCGACAACGGAGGCUGGGGAAACAUGGGCACAGCCUGCCUUGUCUCGCAGGUUGCCGUGCUAUACUGCAAUCUGGGCUCCGAUUCGGCGUGUCACAUCAGCGAGGAAGUGGAAGACGCAAGCUGGACUGUACCAAGAGUCAUGUGGUGGUCUUUCGUGCUGAACGUGGCCAUGGGCAUUGUUAUCCUUCUCACGAUGCUCUUUUGCAUCGGUACUCUGGACGAUGCAAUCAAUGCCGAAGUACCCUACCUCCAGCUCUUUGUGAACUCCGGAAGCAACGCUGUUGCUUUUGUACUCACCAUACUUCUCCUGAUUUUGAUCUUCAGCAGCAACAUCACCGCUUUGGCAACAACAAGUCGUGAAGUGUUCGCCUUCUCUCGGGACAGAGGCUUCCCAUUCUCGAAAUGGCUCAGCAAGAUAGAGCGAAGAAGGAACAUCCCCUUCAACGCCGUCUAUGCCACUGCAUUUUGGAUGGCUGUCCUGUGUCUCAUCAACAUUGGCUCGACAACCGCCUUCAAUAUCAUCAUUUCGCUCAAUUUGCUCGCCCUGCUCAGCACAUAUUUGUUGUCCAUUGGGUGCGUAUGUCUAAAGAGAAUCAAGGGUGAACCGCUACCACCAGCAAGAUGGAGUCUGGGUCGAUAUGGACUUGCGAUCAACUUGUUCGCUUUUGCAUACUCCGCCUUCGCCAUUGUCUUCAGCUGCUUCCCCUCGAGCUUGCCGGUCGACACAAGCACCGCAAAUUGGGCACCUGCUGUGUGGGCUGGUGUGAUAUUGCUCAGCGCAGUAACGUAUUUGCUACAUGGGAGAAGACAUUUCACGGCUCCGGUGGUCUUCGUCGAGGGGAAGAGGACGGGCGGUCUUCAAGGCAGUGAAUGA